AUGGGGGAGGACGGGGUGCAAGCGGAGAAGAGCAGCGGCUACGUCUCGCCCAGCUCGGACGCCGCCGGCCCUCUGGAUCACGGCAGCCCCAGCCCGGUGCCGUCGGGCAGCCGCAGCCCCAGCCUGCAGCCGGCGGCGCCGGGCGAGCCGAUCCGCGACGGCUCGCAGGUGAACGCCAUCACGGUGCUGACGCUGCUGGACAAGCUGGUGAACAUGCUGGACUCGGUGCAGGAGAAGCAGCAGAAGAUGGAGCAGCGGCAGAUCGAGCUGGAGGGCUCGGUCAAGGGCAUCCAGGGCGACCUGAGCAAGCUGUGCAAGAGCCACACGUCCACCAGCAACACGGUGGCCAAGCUGCUGGAGAAGUCGCGCAAGGUCAGCGCCAACACGCGCGACGUGCGCGACCGCAUGGACCGCCAGUGCGCCCAGGUGAAGCGCUUGGAGCACAACCACGCGCAGCUGCUGCGCCGCAACCACUUCAAGGUGCUCAUCUUCCAGGAAGAAAAUGAAAUCCCUGCCAGCGUGUUUGUGAAGGAGCCCGUUCCCAGCAUUACUGAUGGGAAGGAAGAGCCUGUUGAUGAGAACAAGACUUUGGAAGAAACCUUGCAUACUGUGGAGCUGUCCUCAGAUGAUGAAACACCCCAUGAUGAAGGUGCCGAUGACAGUAUGGAUGAGAAAAUCGAGGAGACCAGAGCUGAGAAAAUCAAGAGAUCAAGCCUCAAGAAGGUGGACAGCCUGAAGAAAGCAUUUUCCCGCCAAAAUAUCGAGAAGAAGAUGAACAAGUUAGGCACGAAGAUUGUCUCUGUUGAACGGAGGGAAAAGAUCAAGAAGUCUCUCACCCCUAACCACCAGAAGUCGUCUGCCUCAAAAAGUUCAUCUUUCAAGGUCUCUCCCCUUACAUUCAAUGUGAAGAAGGUUCGCGAUGGAGACACUUCCAUGGAAACGGAAGACAAGUCGGCCGAAGCGGCCAGCAGCGAGCACACGGCAAAUGAUGAGGAGACCUCCUUCACGGAGAUUCACUCAGACCUGGCCUCUCCCACCUCUCCAGCUGAAGAAGGAAACGCUCUGGCUGACUCCCUGGAAAAAGAAACAGGAAGUGAAGGCGAACCGGUGGUCAACGACAACAUUGAGCUUGCCAUCGUUGAAGAAGAUGACCACUAUGGGGCUACACUAGAAAUCAGACAGGAAUAUUAUGAUGAAAUGAAAAGAACGAGCCAUGGGGAAAUGGAACAGUCUGAUGAAGAACCGAGCCAAGUUGCUGUCCUUCACGUAGACCAAACUGCAUAAAUCGUCUGAGCCUUCAUUUAUGUUUUUAAAUACAUAUGAUUUUUUUUUUAGUUACAUCAGUUACCAGGGUUUAUGUCUGUUACCUAAUAAACAUGGGAUAAUAGUAACUUAAGGUGGAGAUGUUGUUUUCUAAUGUACGUUUCCACACAAGGCUAACUUCAUGAAAUUAGAAUUGAAAUCAACAGUGAAAAAAGAGGUGUGAUAACCCAGGUAAUUUAAAUGCAAGUCUCUUGGCAUUUUUUAGGCAACUCCAAUCUCCACCAUCCCCUUGCUAUUUUCUGUUAUUAAUUGAGUGUUGCUGCAGUUAAUUGUAACUGGGGUUGUGUUUAAAAUAACUGCUGGGGGCACUUAGACCAGUUGACAAAGGGCAAAGCUACACUACAAAUUUAAUCUGUUUUAUGUUCAUUUAGGGUGGCAUCCAAUAGGUUGUAUCCAGUGUUAGUCUAACUUAAGUCCCAUUCAUUUUAGCGCAUCUGCUCUAAGUGCAACAAUGGGUACAGCCCUUAACUUUCACCAGAAGAAUCUUGGGAAUUGUAGAUUCAAUGAACCUUAGGCCCCCUCAGAGAACUUCCAUCCCCAAGAUUCUGUGGGGGGAAGGAAUGGCUGUUAAACCAUUUUAAGUUUGUGGUGCAGAUAUGAUCUUACAUUUCAUCAAUGAAAAGCUCUCCAAAUACUGUGCUCAUUCAAAUAAAUUCCCCAUUAUUUUUCCCAGCCAUGCUGCUCGGGAGGAAUUAAUUUGCAGGAAAUGGCGAGCCAACCUUGAAAGGGACACUUAGGCUGCAAUCCUAUACAUACUUAUCCUGGGAGUUGAACUCAAUGGGACUUCCGAGAACAUAGGAUUACACUGUCAACUGUAGUCUGCUUUGCUCGCUGGCCCUGAGAAAUCCCCCGAUUUGGAGAGAACUGAGGGGAAGAAUGCUUGCCCUACCCUUGUUGAAAGUUAAUUAACUGUUCUCCUCACAGCUUUUUCAGCCAGACUGUGAGAUAUAAGCUAUGUGCUUUUUCCUCCAUGUAGGAUGAUUUACCAGCUUUGUCUGUGUCCCUCUCUACAAAAUACUUAAUCUCAGUUCGUCAUAUUAAUUGUUGAUGUGGUGAAGCCACCAAAAUGUGAUCUUUUUCUUCUUAAAUGUCAACAACCUCACAUGACGAGAGCUGACAUUGGCCCUGUCAGUGAGUGUUAUAAGCUAGAGCUUGCCCUGAUAUGAUUCCACUAGCUCUCACUACAGGAAGGCGCACUGGAAGGUCAUAUUUUUUUACCAGGGAAAAUUGACAUGGUAAAGAAGAUCGCUGUGUGGUGGCUUUACCACAUCAAAAAGUAGUCUGAGAUUUGGAGCGUAGCUGUUUUACCCUUAGGUGGUAACUACUGAGACAGAGUAAUUAGGUUAUUGAGUUGUCAGCUAAGUAGGGACCAUAUUAAUCAUAUUUGGGCGUUACUCCAGACAAUAUUAUUUUAUCCACCUCCAUUCUUCUCAGAAAGAGUUCUUGCUUUUUGUUUUUCCUCUGACCUUACCAGAAUUCAUGUAUUAUUUUAGUGGGAUUAAUUGAAGGUAGUAUACUGAAGACCAGUUUGGAUAAAGAUGUUUUCCAUGCCCCCUCCCACCCUACUAAAUGGAAAAUUGGCGUGAUUGCCCAUGGUAAAUGGGAUGAUAAGACAUGCCCAAAUGCAAGUCCUUGAGAUAUAUCUUAGGUUGAUCUAGGACAAUGGUGGACAACUUGUGGCCCUCCAGAUUUUGUUGGACGCCAACUCCCAUCAGCCCCAGGCAGCAUGACCAAUGAUAAGCAUCUGCAGGGCCACAGGUCCCCCACCAAUGAAUAUCUAGGUUCUUUAGGGCGCAAACCUAUGCAUGUUUAGACAGAAAAAAGUCCUAUAACUCCUGGCGUUCCCCAGCCAGCCAUGCUAGGAAUACCGGGAGUUGUAGGACUUUUUACUGUCUGAACAUGCAUAGGAUUGCAAUUUUACAAAUAUUCAGGUUGAAUGGGGGUAUACUAUCCAGGGAAUAUAUAUUUCUUGGCAAAGUUGUAUUCUCCUCCAUCGUAUUCUGCUCUUGUCGCCAUUUUCCCCAGGAGAAAUAUUUUGGAGAGCAAAGCUGGAACUGGUAAUAAGUGGGUGAGGCAUUUGAUCAAGAAAGCAAGCUGGUUGUAUGUGUAAACUUAUCACAGUCUACAUAUGCUCUCUAGUUUAGUUUGCCUUCUUUUUUCUUUUGAUUCCAAAUAUGCUGUUUGCCUUGUUUUGUUCCAACUAUGCUGAUUCAAUGAUUAAUGUAUAUACACACAUAUAUUUUAUUUUGGUCUAUUUUAAAAGAGAACAGGUUUUUAAAAUAAAAUGCUAUUCACUCAUUUUUAAAAAAAUAUAUGUUUAAAUGGCAAAAGGGAGAUAUAUUGUAAUCUAAGCAGCUCGUGGAAAUAGAUUAUCAAAGAGUUUCGUAUAUGCACCCAACUACUGUAUUUUAGAGUGCAAUGUGAGAGACAGCUUGGUAUAUUGCAAUAUAAUCUAAUAAAAGUAAAGAGAAUAUAUGAUAAAACAGAGAAGGGAGUCAGAUACUAAGAUUCUACCAAACUAAUAAAUACACAUACAAAUAGCAAAAGCGAACUAUUCCAGAAAGAUACAUUUUCAUUCUGCACCUGCACAACGUUACAAAGAAGGGUGUUUUGAAAAGUAUAUCCGUAUAUUAUUUUUGUGUAUAUGUUACAGAAAAUGGCCACAUUCCAUCACAAAGUGAAAUGCACCUUAACCCUCUUGAUUUCCAUGGGACUUGAGUGUGCCUAACUGUACUGGCCAAUGUUUAAAUGUGGAAAGUGUUGAGAAACAUGGGGGAAUGUUGGCGACUCUUCACGCACAUGGGUAAUGUCCAACAGUAUGAAGCAACCCUAAGUGAAUGCCGACAGUGGCCAUCAGGUGAUAGGCUGUUGAAUUCAGACAGUUUCCAUAUUUUUGGACAUUCACCAGAUGCAUGAGGGAUUGUUAACAUUUCCUUGUCAUUUUUUACAAGUGACACAUUUUGAACAUUCACUGUAAUAUAUAAGAUUUUUGUUCAGAUGGAAAUAGAAGAGUCAUUUUGAAAAUGAGCAGAAUGUUUACUUUUUCAGCUAGUGAUGUCAGAAGAUUUUGUAUUAUGUGUGCUUUUUUAUUAUUAUUUUGUGGUUUGAGUUACAAAUGGCAACGAGUUAUAAACAGCAACCCACCAGGAAUUUCUUCAGUGUAGGCCCAAUGUAAAAUCUGCUUGUGCACAGUUCUGAUACAUUUCAGUAGGGCUUUGUGGACAAUGAAGAGUUCCUAUCAGACAACUUGGGGGUUGCACCUGCAGUCUCUUGUGUCUUGCAAAUAUGUAGUGGACUUCACAGUGAUACAGCACCUGAAUUUUCUGCAAGUGUUAUACUUUUCAACCAAAAUCUGGACAUUUUCAGAAAGGAAAUUGCAUUCCUUCCACAUAUUAAUGCUCUUUGAAUCCUCCAUUCCACUUAAUCACAAAUGUAAAGUAGCAUCAAACUUACAAGUGCCUGACAAUCUUAUUUUAUUAUUUGUAUGCAAUGUCUUUUCCCCCCUUUUAAUAUUGAUAAAUUUGCUUUUACUUAAUAUUGCACUAAAGCUUCGCUUUCCCCUCCCCCGCCCCCGCCAGAUAUAUUUAGAACCGCAAAUUAAGGAAGUCUUCUAAGAGAAUAUAUCUAUGACAAUGAGCUAUUCUAUGUGAGCUAUUCCAUUGUACAAUCUUUUAUAUGUCACUGGAUGUUUGAUCAGAGUUGAUUUCUAAGCAGAACUAUUGACGGUUAAACUCUUUUUUAAAAAUACAAUAUUAUAAGAGAGCUGCAAUCAGUAGAAAUAACUGUGAUGUAAUCCACACAUUCAUCUUAUUUUGAAUUAACAACCAUGCCUGUUACUAACUACAGAUGUGAUCAAAUAAAAAUCAAAUCAAAUUAA